CGCGUCGUUGAUCUGAAGGCCGAGCUUGAGAAACGUGGCUUGGAUAAGAGCGGCGUUAAGCAAGUGCUUCUAGAACGCCUCCAAAAGGCUAUUCAAGAAACGGAAAGUGAAGCUGAUGGAAGAAAACUCCUAUAGAAGAGGUGAAUGAACAAUCGCCAAAUGGUGCAGAAAAGAUGCAAACAGACAUGAAUACCGAUGAUUUGGAGCUAGAUUCGGCUGAAGAGACUGUUGAGAAGAAGAAAAUCAAAGAGGAGUCAAUCAUUGAUGAUAAAUCUGCAGUCAAAGAUAACGCGACGAAAGAAGAAGACUCACGGGACGCGGACGUGAAGCAACCGGACGACGCCAGCGGUGCUAAUGGAAAUGGUGAGACCGAUGGUGAUGUCGACCUGGCUGUAAAGGAAGAGUUGGACAAGUCGCUGGAGUUGUCUCUGCACGACGAUCCGACUGGGGCGAAACAAGAGGACGUCAAACCCGAGGAAGACGAGGAGGACAUCGAUGGCGAUGAAGAAAUUAAACCGGAUGGGGAUGCUGUAAAGGACAAGGAGGUGAAUGGUCAAGAUGAGCAGACUACUACGAAUGGCGAUGAGAAGAAAUCAACAACCAGUACCACAGCAUCAACAGCUGGAGUAAAAAAGGAUCCGGAGCAAGCUGAUAAAAGCAACAGCACGUCGCCGAGCAAGAUCAAGGAGCGUCUCGUGAACGAUCAGAAUCGCAACCUGUGGAUAACGAACAUCUCGCAGACGACGCGCGCGACCGAAUUGAAGCAGGCGCUCUCCGAACACGGCAAGGUUGUCGGCGCCAAGGUGGUGAUCAACGCGCGGCAUCCGGCUGCCUGCUGCUACGGCUACGUGCGCAUGGAGACCGUCGCCGACGCCGACAAUUGCAUCGCCAAAUUGAACAACACCGAGCUCAACGGGCAGAUAAUACGCAUUGAAAAGGUAAGGCCGGAUCACCUCAAUCCGAACUCCAAGGCGAAGCCGGACACGCCCACGAAGGAGAAACCCUCGCAGAAGACGCCCGUACGUGCCCCGACGCCCACGAAAGAGGAGGCUAAAAAGGAGCGCAAACCAGUGGAGGCCCCCUCGAAAGACGACCGGAAGGAUAAAUCCAGGACCGAGGAUCGGAAAUCUACCAGUAGUGCUGCUUCCACAACCAAAACAACCGAUAAAGACAAGGAAAAGGAAAAAGAUAAAGAUAAUAAAGAAUCUUCGAAGGAACGUAGUCGGGAUAAAGAACGCCGUCGUACAAAGAGCAACAGUAAGGAUCGUAUUCGAAAACGUUCUUUAUCCUCUGGUAAACCAGAUCACCGCCCACCGCCGAGACAUUUCAACGCUCCGCCUCGAAGAGAAGUACCAGCCGUACGUAAAGAGAAAGAUAUUCUCACAUUCGAUAAGAUAAAAACCGAACGAGAACGUGAAAGGUUGCGCGAACGCGAAAGAGAGAUGCGCAUGCGUAGACGUGAAGAGUCUGAGCGUGUGAAAGAGAUUGAAAGGCGGCAGCGAUCCGAAGAGGCGCGCCUGGAACGCGAAAGACAAAAGAUCAAAGAGGAACGCGAGAGGUUAGAACGUGAGAGGGCGGAGUUGCUCGCACUCGAACGUGAUCGUCAGAAACGCGAACGGGAGAAGAUUGAAUUGGAGCGUUUGGAGCUGCAACGCGCAAAGCUCCGUAUUCAGGAGGAGGAGCGUCGCGCUGUGAAGCGGCCUGCGCCGACUGGUUUCCGCGAUCGGGAGGAGCGGUCGUAUGAGGAACGCAAACGCCCGGUGGCGGAGAGGCAUUUUGACGAGGCGCCGCCUCCGCCUCGGUUUGAUGGACCCUCAAGCAUUAAAACACGCGAGACUUCGCCACCGAUGAAGAAAUUCUCGUCGACAUCGACCAGUAAGGACUACAAACGUCUCAGCUAUGAAAAGCGUGAUUCUUACCCGCCUAAAAGGGAUUACGAUGAAAGGACACACUCGUCUACGAUGUCGAGGAGUUCGGGAAGUGCUCCAGUCCCGAAAUACGAGAGUAGUUCAAGUUACACUCGUGAUAGAGACAUGAGGACCAGCUCAGAUCCGAGAGGCUCCGGCGUGCGUAGCUCGAACUCAACGGGGAUGAGUGUUUCGUCAUCCAAAUACAACACAUCCGAUAGUAAAGUUCGAUAUAGCGAGCGUGAACGUGACAGAAGUCCGCAUUUCAACAGUAGGUCUAUCCGGGAUGACAGGGAGCGACGUCCAGUGUCUGAUGGUAACAAAUCCGACAUCAGGAGUUCUCGAGAACAUAGAUAUCCCGACCCUAAAGUUGAUUCAGUACGCUAUGAUCGUACAUCUUCGUCGUCAAAUACAAGUUGGACACAGCAUAAAACAUUUAAUCCAACGAAUAGCUCUACAAGUAAGCCGUGGAGUAAAGAAACAUGGAGAUCUUCGGAUGGUACGCCCAGUACGGGCGAUAGAUGGAGCACGAACACGUCGAGGCCUGGUAUUCCAUUCUCGAGCAAUCCUAGUAUGAGUUUAGGUCCGUCCUGCCCGCCGCCGCCUGGUAUCAACACGUAUGUCAACGAUCGGUUUGAUUACAAAUCAAACAUGAGCAACAUGCGCAAAUAUUAAGCUGUAAACAAUUUCUUUCGUUGUUAUCGUAUGUUUAUGACGAUAUUGAUUAAUUGUAAUCAUUUAACGUUCCCGGUAGACACACCAAUGUGUUACUUUUCAUUUACUGACGAAUUUUUUAUCAUGGCGAAUGGAGGUUCAAUGUAGAGGUAUUAAUGUUCAGAGUUUAGUUCUUUUCUAAGUUGACCAAAGUUUGAUUUGUGUAACUGUGUCAUUUACAUGUUUAUUAAAGUAAUAACUGUA